CCGUUCACAUUGUUUGUUUCUUAGAUUGUAAGGGAUACGAGAAAGGAUGAAUGCCUUUGCUCAUAGAUGGAUAGAGCUCCAUAGAAGCUCGUAUGGAUCGUUCUGUAAACAGUGUGCUUUAUCAAGAAAGAAAUUUGAUUCUGUUCCCUUAUUUCAACGACAACGAGUACAGAAAGUCUUUAGAAACGCUAUUUAUUUCCUUUGUACUUCCUCAGAAACACCGACUGAUGAGAUUGAUGAAACAAUCAAGGAAGCUCAAGGAAGUGAAAUGUCACGAGUAGAUUCUGAUUUAUUAAAGUAUGCGUUGAUGGGGAAUGUUUUAGGAGUCCAACAAGCACUUGCAGGAGGUGCCAAAGCUGGAGUGAAGGAUAAGGAAGGAAGAACUGCGUUACACUUGGCUUCAGCAAUAGGUGUUCCUUCCAUAUGUGAAAUUUUACUCAAAGCUGCUGGAGAGCUUGCGGAGGUUUGUUUAAAUAGUACAGAUCAUCUAGGCCUGACUCCGUUACAUAUGGCAGCUGGAUAUUGCAGAAUAAGCACAGUUGAAUAUCUCCUGUUAUGGAAUCCUGACGUGAAUAUAAGAAACCAGGAUGGUUAUCGACCCAUUGAUUUGGUUGCGAAGUUAUUGGAAAAAGAACCUAAAAGAACUUUGUUUUUUGUUGCGAAUCAAAGGUAUUCUACUUUGCAGGAAAUAUAUAACAUCUUGAAGCCAUUGAGUGAAUAACAAACAGAAGUUGUAAGGUUAUGAAAAAUAGCACGAGUCGGCAAUGAAGCAUUCGACUUGUUGGAUAAAGAUGAAUAUUUGGAGUAUUCAAAAAAAAUGAUGUUCUCGAAAGAAAUCCAAUUUAUAUACU